AGCAGAGAGGGGACCAGACGCCUCUCUGUCCUGCUUAUUGUGUUACUAGCUCCUGAGAAAGCUACACAUUGAAGAGAAGACUCACAAUGGCAUCUAUGGGAAAGGAGAUUCUAGGAUUGGCCCUGGCCAUCAUCGGAUUUCUUGGGGUCAUCAUCAUCUGCGCCCUGCCUAUGUGGAAGGUGACUGCCUUCAUUGGAGCCAACAUCGUGACGGCACAAACCAUCUGGGAAGGUCUGUGGAUGAAUUGCGUGAUGCAGAGCACGGGGCAGAUGCAGUGCAAGGUCUACGACUCUAUGCUCGCCCUGCCCCAGGACCUGCAGGCGGCCCGCGCCCUGGUCGUCAUCUCUGCCCUCGUAGCCCUUAUUGCCAUGCUGUUGGCUGUGGUCGGGGGUCAAUGCACCAACUGCAUUGAAGAUGAAGCUUCAAAGGCAAAGGUGACCAUCGGCAGUGGCAUUGCCUUCAUCAUCGCUGGUGUCCUCUGCCUCAUCCCAGUCUGCUGGUCAGCUAAUACAAUCAUCCGGGAUUUCUACAACCCUCUGCUGACGGAAGCCCAGCGCAGAGAGCUGGGAGCCUCAUUGUACAUUGGCUGGGGAGCUGCUGGUUUGCUGAUCCUAGGUGGUGGCCUGCUGUGUACCUCCUGCCCCCCGAAGGAGGACAAGCAAUAUACUGCUAAGUACUCCCAGCCAAGAUCUACGGCUACAAGCAAGGCAUAUGUGUAAGACUGGCAAGAAAGGUACAGGAGAUGAAGACAAUCUGCUCUUUGUUCUCUUCUGCAGCCAUCUAUUUGAUGGUCAAUGUUUAGGACUGUGAGUGAACAUCGUGUUUGUGAAAAGACAGCACAGAAGUGAAGCAGCUCAUCACACCAACUUCGGCACUUCAUCCGUCUUUUAAAUCUGCUUUUGAAAUAUCGUUAAGGAAUGGCAGGAGGCCUGGAACUUGCCUUUAUGCCUGACAACACACCUAAUACCACAGCAGUUAAUGUCCCAUAGCUCUACCCAAUGUUAAAAGUGAAUUACACAUCAAAUGUAUUCAUGUAACUUUGUAUCUCAAACAUUAAAUGUUAAAAUAUUCGUACUACAAACGAAAUUAAUUAAAAUCUAAAUGCUAGCCAAUGUUAUGACGUUUUUAUUUUUAGGAACACCAGGCAUAUAAUAUCAAACAUUUCUCUUCACUUGCUUGUAUUUUUUGUUAUUAUUUUAGAUUUUUUUUCUUUAACCAGGAAUGUGUUUUAUUUUUUAUAUAUAUAUUUUUGAUAUUGUACUUAAAUUAGUUUGAACUUCUCUAUGGAUUUUUUUAUAUGCAUUUGCUAAAUAACUUCCACAAAUUCAAAUAUACGUGAUUUUUUACAUUGAAAAUGUACAACUAUUUGUCUAUGAGCUCUAUUUAAAUAACGUAAUUAAAUUUUAUGUAUAAUCAAAGGUGAAGGACUGAGUAAAAGACGUUCAAAAUAAAUUAUAUUCCCUAUAGACAAUUAUUUAGUGAUUUGAUGUUGACACCAGGGUAUAUGAACUGUUUUGGGGUAUUUAGUUUUAUUUCCUGGUUAUUGGGUACUGUUCAAAUUAUUAAUGCAAGUAAUUUAAAUAUUGUGUGCUAUCUAAGUCUGAGAUGUCAGUUUUAUUUCACUUGAUUGGCAGUGAUAAUGGCACACUCUGGACAGGAUAAAUUCCAUGUACAAGUGUUGAGUAUAUUGCCUACUAUUAAAAACAUUUUUGCGAUACAA